AUGCUUGAUAAGCAUUUUCAAUUUUCAAAUAAAGAAGACUUUACUAAUAAGCCCGAAAGCGAAGAGUUCCAUUUUCCUUCAAUUCCUGGGACACCAAAAGAGGUUUCUGCUCCAACCACUCCGAAGCUAAUGCCACUUUCACCACGCUGCUUCAACAACAGCCCUUCAAACUUGAACUCCCCUAUUCGCCUUAGAAAUAAGAAAUCAGGAUCAAUGACUUCUGCGAACACUCCUCGGAUGUUCUUGACUGAAGAGACUGUCUUGGAUAGUCAUAACAUUCCCAACGCGGUGAUCGAUUUAGAUGAAAUUUUGUAUGCUGAAGAUCGAGUCGAUAGGGAGAUUCGGGGGCUGGAUUUACACGUGAAAGACUAUUCUGAACUUACAUCUCCCCCUCGAAUCACAAAGCAAGGUAGUCUCUCAACAUCUCCAUUCUGUGGGCCCACAUACCCUAAACAACCGUUGAGAGAACUAGUGGCUGAUGCAAUCAAAGAAGAAGAUGACUUUGAAGAUUCAAGACAACCAGAAGAUGAAACUCUCACUGAGGCUCCAGAAGUUGCACAUCGUCACAGCACACCGCAUCUUGUUGAACACGAUGUCUUUAUCAACCCACAAGAAACAUUUCAGGGCGUAUAUCAAACUCAGUCUGCAAACUCCUCAAACUCGAGUCUUCCUUCAGGUACUUUCAUAACCCAGCGAACAUUUUCUUCAUCUUUAAUUGAGAAGACCCCGUCUAACUCUUCUAAGGACUCAAAUACCUCUUUUAUAUUUACCAACGCGGGAACUCCAACAUCCAAGCGCUCCAGUGCAAAAGCGACAAGAUACCAAUCAUUUUAUGACCAGUCUUACAAAAUCUCGAGUGCAUUAAAGAACUCCUCCACCGAAAGUGUGCAUGUGCUUCCUACAUACGUUGACGGCAAUUACUCUAAGGACGACUCAAAAUCUCUUGGCCAUUCUUCAAGUUUUCCAAGCCUUAGGUCCAACGCAAAGCGUUCUGUUCCCUUGCGCUUCAUUGAUGCUCGUGGUAAACGUGAUAUGAAACAAAGCUCAUCUCCUAUCCAUUCAAGCAACAAAGUCUUGCCGCUGCAGGAAAAUGGCCGGGCUCUGGUUACAGUGGAACAUGCCGUCAACAUUUCCGCAAAGGUGGCCACCAAAACUGUCGAACAGCCUACAGCGGUAAAACCAAAAUUAUUGACCGAUGUACAUGUUCCGAAAUUGGAUCUCCAUUCUCCCUCGAGCAUGGUUUCUGAUUUUUCGUCCACUGUGGAUCCUACUGGCGAUGGUUUGACUGACCAUUCAUCUGUGAUAUCCAAUGUGGAACUGUCCUUGACAAGCAAAGGCUCUGGGGAAAACUUGAGGGCACCUAUUGCGAUCCAUGUGGAAAAGUCAAUGGAUGCUACCCUUCCCUUGAGCAAUACGAGUCUUGAAUCUGGCGAUUUUGGACUGAAGUCCUUAGGUAGUGGAAAGUUAUCAACGCUGCCGUCGACUCGGAAUCACCCUAUAUCCCCACCUGAGAGCCAUAAUCUUUCUAUCCGUUCUCCUCAGAAAUCAUUAACACUGCGGAAGGAUGCCAAGCAUGAUGGUAAAAUGGAUGUUGACAAAGAGAAAAAGCAUGUCCGCCGCAAAUCCGAGAUUUUUUCUAGCUGGUUCAGAAGAAAUAAACCAUAG